AUGGUCCGACUGCCCAUUCCCCAGCGGCUCAGCUCGCAUCUAAGCGUCAGAAGCACAAACACAACUCCAGGACAGAGCCGCAGUGCCAGUCCAACACGCUUGGUGGAGAUUCCGAAGCCACCAUUGUCGUUAAAGGUGACGGUGAUCAAAGGACGAAACCUCGCCGCAAAGGAUCGUGGUGGCACAAGUGACCCGUAUCUGGUGGUGACGUUAGGCGACUCGCGGCAAUCGACCCCAACGAUAUCCAAGACGUUGAAUCCAGAAUGGAACGUCAGUUUCGAAAUGCCCAUCGCGGGCGUCCCGUUGUUGGAGUUUAUCUGCUGGGAUCACGAUCGCUUUGGCAAGGAUUACAUGGGAGAAAUUGAUAUUGCGUUGGAGGACAUUUUCGCCGAUGGACAGAUUGUGCAAGAGCCCACCUGGUAUACGUUGAAAUCGAAACGGGUGUCCAAUCGGCCCGACCACAAGAAGAAGAAGAGGGAGAAGAAAGAUAGCAACGUCUCCGGCGAGAUCCUGCUGCAGUUCUCCUUGUUAGAUUCGGCUACCCCACCCCCGUCACCCGCCGACACAUAUCAGAAGUUCAGGAGCCUGGUGCGCGUCGGUGAGGAGGACGAUUCAUCGCCCGAUGAACUUCAACAGCACCACGACCUUGAUGACAUCGACCAGGAGACCUCGGAUGAGACCGACGACCCCUCCAAGCCCGAGGUCGUGGAGAAGCGGCGUCGCCGUCUUCGAUUGGCCCGACUGAGAAAGAAGUCCCUGGCUGCCCGCGCAUACCAAUUCUCGGGCUCGGGCACUGGCGUCCAGGGUAUUGUGUUCAUGGAGAUCGUGCGCGUGAGGGACCUACCUCCGGAGCGAAACGUAACUCGCACCUCUUUUGACAUGGAUCCCUUCGUUGUCACUUCGCUGGGCCGGAAAACACUCCGCACGCCCGUCAUCCGACACAAUCUGAACCCGGUAUAUCAUGAAAAGAUGGUUUUCCAAGUGAUGAAGCACGAGCAGGCGUACACCAUCAGUUUCACCGUCAUGGAUCGCGACAAAUUCUCGGGCAACGAUUUUGUUGCCUCUGCCAGUUUCCCACUCCAAAAAUUGAUCCUGUCAGCCCCCGAAGCGGAUCCGGAUUCUGGUCUGUAUUACUUUGUGGAACUAGAGACUCCCAGUCCGACCGGCUCGAGUUCUCGCCUGGCGGUCAGUCCCUCGCCGUCCUCGCCCAAUCUGUCCAAGCUAGCCAGACCCGCUCUCAGGACGCAAAAUUCCGCAAACUCAGUUUCCUCCCAAUCAAUCCUUGAAUUGGCCAAUCGUGCAUCGUCUGCGCCGACCUCGUCGGAGAACGUGCUUGAUGUUGACACGAGCAAUUCCACCCUACAGGUUCCGGUGCCCGGUGCGAAAGGUCCCGCGGCGAUGGAAAGCACCGACUCGCUUCCCGAGGUGGAUGACGAGGGGUUACGAGAGUACAAGAUUCCCCUGAUCCUCAAAAAUCGGGAGCGGUGGGAAGACAAGCACUCGCCAGAGCUGUUUGUGAAGGCCAAAUACCUACCAUACAGUGCCCUUCGCCAACAGUUCUGGAGGUUAAUGCUGAAACAGUAUGACGCAGACGAGAGUGGUCGGAUUGACAAGGUGGAAAUGACAACCAUGCUUGAUACGCUCGGAUCGACGUUGAAGGAGUCCACCAUUGACGGCUUCUUCAGGCGCUUCAGUAACGUGGGUGAGCCUGAAGCCGUUGAUCUAAGCUUCGACCAAUGUGUGAUAUGCUUGGAAGACACCCUCCGCGAUCUCCAGAAAAAGGACGCACCCGCUGCUGCGUCGACAGUAUCCCCACCAGGGAGGCCUGGGGCGAGAAUGUCGCCUACCGCAAGCCAAGAAAGUGAGGACCCCGCCUUUUAUGAGAACCAUGAGUCGGAUCAUGCAUCCCAUGCGAUCGUUGCUAAUUUCCGGGAAACAGCGGUUCCAACUAUCAUCAGUGAUGAAAAAUCAAGCUCAAGCGAUGGCGACCGACCGGAUGACUUGGCGGACGAGCGUGGCGAGGAGCAUGUCGUGGAAAUUCGCGAGUGUCCCCUCUGCCAUCAGCCCCGUCUUUCGAAACGAUCGGACGCCGACAUCAUCACACAUAUCGCAACGUGUGCCAGCCGCGACUGGCGUCAGGUCGACAACCUCGUCAUGGGCGGAUUUGUGACGUCCAGCCAAGCGCAGCGGAAGUGGUAUUCCAAGGUCAUCACCAAGCUGUCCUACGGUGGGUAUAAAUUGGGUGCAAACUCGGCCAACAUUCUUGUUCAAGAUCGCAUCACUGGUCAGAUCAAUGAGGAAAGUAUGAGUGUCUAUGUUCGCCUUGGAAUUCGAUUGCUGUACAAAGGCCUGAAGAGCAAGGACAUGGAAAAGAAGAGAAUUCGCCGUGUUCUGAAGUCGCUCAGUAUCAAGCAAGGCCGCAAGUACGAUGACCCUGCGUCUGCCAGCCAGAUUCAGGACUUUAUCAAUUUCCACCAGCUUGACAUGUCCGAGGUUCUCUUGCCCCUGGACCAAUUCCGUACUUUUAACGAAUUCUUCUACCGUGCGCUGAAGCCUGGUGCACGUCCCUGCUCGGCACCCGACGAGCCAAGGAUCGUUGUAUCACCUGCUGACUGUCGCUCGGUGGUCUUUGACCGUAUGAGCGAGGCCACCGGCAUCUGGGUAAAGGGACGUGAAUUCUCGGUCGAGCGACUGCUGGGCAAUGCCUACCCGGAGGAUGCUGCCCGCUACCAGAACGGCGCACUAGGUGUUUUCCGGCUGGCUCCCCAGGACUACCACCGGUUCCAUAUUCCGGUGGAUGGUGUGAUGGGGGAGCCCAAGACCAUUGAAGGCGAAUACUACACGGUGAAUCCGAUGGCCAUUCGGUCGGCUCUGGACGUGUACGGUGAAAAUGUUCGAGUCCUCGUGCCGAUCGACUCCGUCGCCCAUGGUCGCGUGAUGGUCGUCUGUGUCGGUGCAAUGAUGGUCGGCAGCACGGUCAUUACUCGCAAUGCGGGUGAGAAGGUGUCCCGCGCAGAGGAGCUGGGAUACUUCAAAUUCGGUGGCAGCACCAUCCUUCUCUUAUUUGAGGAAGGGAAGAUCAAUUUUGAUUCCGACUUGGUGGAUAAUUCCAAGGGUGCUCUGGAGACCCUGAUCCGUGUGGGCAUGUCGGUUGCGCACAGCCCCAGUCUUCCUCAGCACGAACCAGACAUGCCGAAGAGGGCCGAGGAUAUCACACAAGACGAUCUUCAGGCCGCUCAGCGCCGGAUCGAAGGCAGUCUGGCGCCUCCAGCCGAUCUCGACACCUUGGCAGCCUCUGCACAGUAA